GACAAGGAAGCUGGUGAUUCAUUCCUACAUGAAGUUGCUUCUCGGAAGAGGUUUUUGUGUAGGAAUGAUGGUGUACAAAAAAAAUCAAACAUUGCGGUGCUUGUUACAAUGGAUCAGAUAUUGCCUUCUAAAGUCCAUUCCUUGGAUGGCCAAAGAAGAGAAACAUGGCAUCUCCUUGCACUUUGGCAGGAAGAGAACCUAGAGGGGAGAUCGCGAUGAAGGAGUUCAGCUACGAGGACAUCGAAGCUGCGACCAACAGCUUCUCUUCCGAGCAGUUGAUCGGCAAGGGAAGCCAUGGAAGCGUCUACAGAGGCGUGCUGAAAGGUGGCGAGGUCGUGGCCGUGAAGAAGCCAUCGGGAGGAACCCAAUCCCUUGAGAACGACGCUAAACUGAGUAACGAGAUCGACAUACUUGCUUCUGUGAAGAAUCCAAGCAUCGUCAAUCUGAUAGGCGUCAGUCGCAGUCCAACGAGCAAGCUGCUGGUCAUGGAGUUCAUGCACCACGGUUCUCUCCAUGACCUCCUCCACUCGUCCCCCGCCGCACCUGCGUGGCCUCGACGUGCCGUCAUGGCUCUCCAGGUCGCUCGCGCCGUCCUCUCGCUCCACGAGGCCGCCCCGGCGGUCAUCCACCGCGACAUCAAGUCCGCCAACAUUUUGCUCGACGGCAAAUGGAACGCCAAGCUCGCCGACUUCAGCCUCGCCGUAAGAGACGAUAGAUUGCAGUCGCUGAGGUCGACUGUACCAGCAGGUACCAUCGGCUACUUGGAUCCGUGUUACACCGAAUCGGGAGAGUUAGGCCCCAAGAACGAUGUGUUCAGCUUCGGGGUGGUGUUGUUGGAGCUCGUCAGCUCGAGGAAGGUGAUGGACAUGGAGCGCGAUCCUUCGCUGAUCGUGUCGUGGGCUCUGCCCAUGAUCAGAGCUAACCGGCUCGACGAAGUCUGCGACGGGAGAGUGACGUUGCCGGACUACAUGAGGAGGCCGAUCGGUCGGAUGCUAGGCGUUGCUGCGCGCUGUGUGUCGGAGGAAGUAGAGAGGCGACCAUUGAUGGGGGAGGUUGUGGGGGAGCUGCAAGGGGUGGUGGAAGGUGCAGUACUGUCAUGGCCAGUGUGGGGUUCUGUAAGGAGUAAGGUGUGUGGGAGAAUCCAUAGAUGUGUGAGGGCUUGGAGGAGGUGUGUUGAGAAGAGAGUGACCACAACAAGGAUUGUGUGCAAGGAUCACCUGGUUGAUGGUGGGAACGAUGACUGUGAUGAUGAGCGUAUGGGUUCUAGGCAGGAGAUGAGUUGAAGGUAUCCCAAGCUAUAAGUCUUCUUGGUUGGGAUCCCAUGGGAGACAUUUCAGCGAGAGUUGAAGUUUUGCCUCGACGCACAGUUCAUGCUCUCUCCUUUAAGCAGCUUUUUAACUGUUCUUUGUGUAAUUGAAGAGACUUGAGUAGUCCCAAACAUAGUUUGUUUGCCAUCCAAUAACACACACUUAUUACAUGUA